AUCCGUUUAUGUCUUUUUUCUAUCGGCUCGCGAGAAUCGCUUUUGGCAAGAAAUAUUUGUUUUACACGAACACAGGAAUAUCAUUUAUAUUAAGUGGAGUUGCGGACAUCAUAGAUCAAAGCUACGAAAAAUAUUCGGGUAAACGUAAGGAGUGGAGUGCUAGGCGUACGUUCAGCAUGUGUGUUGCUGGUCUCUGUAGCGGUGUUGUGUGUCAUCACUGGUACAUAUAUCUUGAUAAACGUUUUCAAGCUACAAAUUUGAAGACCGUGAUGAUGAAAAUUGUGCUAGAUGAGGUGAUUUGUUCACCAGUGUACUUAACUGUUUUUUUCACAACGUUAGGUUACAUGGAGGGCCAUUCUAUUGAGGAGUCUUUACAACAAUUGAGAAAGAAAAUGUGGAAAAUAUAUCGUUUUGAGUGGAUGCUUUGGCCGCCCGCGCAAUUUAUAAAUUUUUAUUUUCUUCCCACUCAAGUACGUGUUCUGUACGUUUAUAUGAUCAGUAUAAUACAUAUAACAUAUACGGCACAUGUUACACACGAGAGUAAUUAAACAGACUAUUCUAUAAUACCAAAA